ACAGCCACACUAUUUUUUGCCGUUUGCCAACACCUGACGAAAAAGACGCGUUUUUGCAUUAACAAAAAUCAAAGUUAUUGUCAAUUUUGCGCUCCUUUCGCGGCUCCAUCACUCAUUGCCAUCAUGCUCUACCUGGAGGACUACCUCGAGAUGAUCGAGCACCUGCCGCAGGAGCUGCGCGACCGCUUCACGGAGAUGCGCGAACUCGACCUCGCAGUCCAGAACAACAUAGACUCCCUGGACAAGAAGGCGCACAUGUUCUUCAAGCAGUGCAAGCGCGACGAGCUGCAGCACGAGUCGAUGGACACGGAGUUCCAAAGCCUGCGCGGCGAGUACUUCAAAGUGAUGGAGGACGCCGACGAAAAGGUGGCCAUCGCCACACAGAUCCACGAGCUGGUGGAGCGCUACCUGCGUCGCCUGGACAGCGAGCUCUUCAAGUUCAAGUGCGAGCUGGAGGCGGACAACAACGGCAUCACCGAGAUCCUGGAGCGGCGCUCCCUGGAGCUCGAUGGCAACUCAACGGCCGCCACUGCCCUGCUGCUCAGCAUGAACCAGAAGGAGAACCGCUACUACGGCGCCAGCUCGGGCAACAGUCUGGUCAACAGCUCGACGGGCCAUGCCUCCGCCGCUGGCGGCACAGCCGGCUCCUCCUCCAUUGCCCUGGUCAGCGGAGCCACCGGCUCCGGCAGCACACUCUCCACCAUCUCGACUGCGCAGCUGAGCUCCAGCCAGCGGCACCGCAAGCUGGAGAAGCGUCGCGAGACCAUCUGCACCGUGCCCGUCCAGGAGAAGCGCGCCAAUCUCAAUCACUCGCUUCCCGUGGGCGGAACUGGAUCCGCAACAGCUGUUGUGCCCGCUGCCUCAUCGGCCACAGUGUCCGGCGGAGCUGCUGCCGCCCCCGCUGGACUGACCAACGUUGCGUCCGCCCAAUCGCAGGCCUCCAAUCACAUCGGCAGCAUCGCGCCCACACAUCUCACCCUGUCCGUGGCCGUAGGCGUUAACGUGGGCGUGGCCGGUGGCAGUGGCGGUGGCAACCUGCCCGGCAGCUCGCUAGCCGCAGGAGCGGGCUCCCUGGUGCGCCAAUUGCCCGCCAAUCUAGCGCACAGCGUGCUGGCCAGCGCAGGAGGACAGGCGACGGCCGCAGCGGCGGGAGGGAGCGCCACACCCGUGGUGGCAGCAGCCAGCGGCCACGGACAUGCCCACAGUGGACACGCGACCGGCGGAGGAGCCACAGUCACCUACAACCUGCAGCAGCUGGGCGGAGGAGCCGCCGCCUCCAGUGCCAUUGCAGCGGCCGCCAGUCAGGCCAUCGUGGCCACCCAGCAGAUGCAGCAGGGCCGCCGGACAGCCAGUCUGAAGGCCAGCUACGAGGCCAUCCACGGCACGGCUGGCACCACGGCCGAGUUCUGGUCGCAGGCGGGCCAGGGUGGGCUGCAGCAGUCGGCCGGCGGAGCGGUGACAGUGGCCGCCGGCACUCCACUGGCCAGCGGAGCAGUGAGCGGUGGCGGCGGCGGCGGCAGCAGCGGCUCCCAUCACGCGCACCACUCGCAGUCGCACCACAGCAGCCAUGGCCACGGACACGGCCAUGGGCACGGGCACCACCACAGCAGCGGAGGCGGCCACAGCAGCCACCACCAGGAGAAGAAGCAGAAGAAGAAGCUCACCACGGCGCUGACGAUGCCCGCCUCGCUGGCGGUCCAGCCGCUGGCCGGUUCCUCCUCCUCGGGCAACUCGAUCGUCUCGGCGUCCUCGUCGCUGAGCGUGGAGUCCGUGGAUAUGCUCUCCACGGCGGCGGCUGUGGCAGCGGCGGCCUCAACGAACCUUUCGGCCGGCGGACUCACCCACUCCUCGCUCGCCUUGGCCGCCGCAGGAGCAGCUGGCGGAGGAGCGGGCGGAGGCGGCCUGACGGUGGGAGCGGGUGGCGGUGUGGCCGGCGGCGGAGUGACCGCCAUGACCAUGCCGGCCACCACAAUGACGCCGGGAUCCGGUUUGGCCAUCGGCGAGAACGGCCUCGUCGUGGAGCAGACGAACGAGGGCGAGUGGUCGUACGAUCCGAACGAGCCGCGCUACUGCACCUGCAACCAGGUGUCCUACGGCGACAUGGUGGCCUGCGACAACGACGCCUGCCCGUACGAGUGGUUCCACUAUCCCUGCGUGGGCAUCACGCAGCCGCCGAAGGGCAAGUGGUACUGCCCCAAGUGCACCGCCUCCAUGCGGCGACGCGGCAACCGGAAGAACUGAGGCUGACUGCGCCUGCUGGCGCCCCUCUUCCGCGGCGGGGGGCGGCGGCGUGGGCACCUGGUCGCGUCGCUAGAGGAGGCCGCAUUCCAAUGUGUGUAUACAGAGAGUAACCUGAAUCAGAAUCCAGAAACAGAAAAAGGAAAAAAUACAGAAACAGAAGCAGAGUAUCCAAUAAAUCAAGAUCAGCAAGAGAGGA